GCCCGCCCCGCCUCCCCCGCCCCCCGCCUUCGAGGUGCUGUCCGUGUCCCCCGGCCUGCUGCCGCUGGCGGGCGGCACCCUCACUGUGGCGGGCCGCUUCGAGGUGUGGCCGUCGGAGGAGCUGGUGAGCUUCACCUGCGUGUUCGCCCUGACGGAUGCCUCCGCAGGCAGCAGGGCGGUGACCUCCAACUACACGGUAAGUGUGGGCUAAUCCUGAAUUACCGAAAGCUUAAAAAGCCGACUGCACCGUUCGGUAGCGUCUAUUAUUUCCGAAGUUGGUUUCGGGCCACAAGGCGACUUAACAUACAGCACCUGACUGCACACGCCCUUGCCCGGGUUCCUCUCUUCCUCCCUGCAUUUCCUCCUCCCCUCUGCUUGUUCCUUCCGCAGGCGGAGCGCCCCUCCGCGUCCGCCCUCCUCUGCCCCGCCCCAGUGGCUCGCAGUUCCGCCGCCUACCUGCAGCUCAGCAUCGCCCGCAGCCCCGCGCGACCCGGCAUGGAGGGCCUGCGGGAGGUGGUGGCUUACCCGGAGGUCAUCCGGUAUUACGCACCCUGCCCCGCCGACUGCCAUGGCCACGGCAGCUGCCGACUGGGCGUGUGCAGCUGCAGCGACGGAUGGGCCGGGGAGGACUGCAGCACACCGGCGCCCAUCUUCGCCAUCACCAGUCUUCAAGGCGGCCCCAGCCAAGCAGGCCAGCAGGUGCUGCUUGAGGGCGCCUCCUGGACCGCCCAGCCCCUCCUCGCCAACUCCACCGCCGCCACCUGGCUCCUCUCUACCAGCCUAGCAGGCCUGGUCAUCAACUCGACAACCGGACGCAUAAGCUGGCCGGCUGCGGUCGCCCCCGACACCUCCGCAUCGCCCCGCCUGGUCACCCUCACCGCGGUGUCGUACGCCGGAAAGGUGGCGACCUACAGUUUCUACGUCUCCGUCGUACCGUCUUACGGCAUCAGGGAGCUGAGGCUGCCGGGCGGCUCGAGGGCGGCUCCAGGCAGCCGGAUCGCCAUCCUGGGCCGUCUGGGCUGGAGCCAGGCGGCGAUUGCUGCAGGAACAGAUGCCAGCAGCCCGCUCCCCUCCCUGCCGGUGCUGGUGCUGGUGCGCCAGACCUCCCAGCUGGGCUCCUCCUCCUCCUCUUCCUCCUCCAGCAGUGGCUUCCAGGUGCUGCGGACCAACAGCAGCUCGGCUGGCGGCGCAUUCACGCUGGAGCUGCAAGUGCCGCAGAGCAGCAUGGGCUCCUUCGAUAUCUUCGCGCUGCACCCCGCCGCCACCCUGGACGACACCGCCCCCUCGCCCUCCCCCGCGGACGACCUGCCCCUCUUCCAGCGCCGCACGCAUCUGUCCGUGCCCUUCGUCGCCGCCGCCAUCAACCGGGACGCGGGCAACACCAGCAGCCAGCUGGACCCGCGGUUCGCCCAGCCCACCCUGUCGCUGGGCCCAGGCAGCAGUGCGCAGCUGGGGGAGUUUGCGCGCCUAGUGGGCUCGCUCGAGGACCUGACCUCCCUGGCCGUCACUGUGCGCACCCGCUUGGUUUCCUUCUCCGGACCUCCGCCCAGCCUCACAGCCAACGCCAGCCUCGCAGCACCUCCCGCGCCCCUCUGCACCUCCAACUCGUCCUCCAACUCCUCCAGCCCGGCCAUCUGCCAGGGUGUGCAGGACGCCACCGCCAGCUCGGCCCCCGGCAGUGCGGCGCUGCAGCUGCAGGUGGCGUCGGCGCUGGUGCCGGGUUCCGGAGCGGCGGAGCUGGAGCUUGUGUUCACCCUGCGCGGCGGAGCAAGCAACGCCACCGCCACCCUGCUGCUGCGGGUGCUGGUGGACUCGGCGCGGGUGGAGCUGGCGGCCGACCCGGCGGGUCGCUUGUCCGUGGUGCUGCCGCCCGGUGGAGCCAGCAGCGUGCACCUCACCGUCACCAACAACGGCAACAUCGCGUCAGGGCCCUUGGUGCUGCCCCCCACACCUGCCGGCGGCUCCUGGCUCAGACCAACCACCCCCAUGCCCCUGGCCUCGCUCGAGCCCGGCGCCUCUGCCUCCCUGGAGUUCUGGAUCACCGUUCCUUCGGGCGCCCGCCUGAGUGAUAUCUACUCCGUCAGCACCACACUCUACAACAGUGUGACCCACGGGUCAGUGUCGCUGGACUUUGAGCUGGCAGUCGCCUCGGAGCCGCUGGGCGACCUGGAGGUGACGGUUGUGGACGAGUACACCACCUACGACCCCGCGCAGCCCCGGGUGGCUGGGGCGCGGCUGGUGGUGUGGUCGCAGGACGGCAGCACCGUGAUUGCCAGCGGCACGACGGACGACAACGGCACCUUCACCUUCCCCAACCUCACUGCGGGCUACACAUACGCGGUGGACGCCUUCGCCGCCAACCACACCUCCGCCCGCCGCACCGUCGCCAUUACAGGCGGCGCUCGCAGUCUGCGCAUCUUCCUGUCCCGCAGCGCCGUGCGCGCCUCCUUCGCCGUGGUGCCCACCACCUUCCAGGAGGUGGUCGACAUCGUGGUCAACGUGGAGUACCUCACCUUCGUGCCCAUGCCGGUGGUGCGCUUGGAGCCGGCACUGCUCUACGUGGAGGACAUGCUGGAGUCGCGCACGCAACAGCUGCGCAUCAUCAACACGGGCCUGGCAGCAGCGAUCAACGCGCGCAUCAAAGUUCCCGUAGACAGCCCGUACUACACGUUGGGGCUGCUGGGCGCUCGCUGGCUGCAGCAAGAGAACACCACCCUGCAGGAGCCGGCGGAUGUGAUGGUGUCGGACACAGACGACUUCACCUCCUCCUCCUCCCGCACCUCCUCCUCCUCCGCCCUCAGCCUGACCAGCGGCACCCUGUACGUGCUGCUGGGCCGCAUGCCCGCCAUGAGCGAGCUCGUGGUGGAGCUGAGCGUGGCAGCCAAGCAGCUGGGCAACAACAGCAGCAGCACCAACAGCACCGCCGCCACCAGCACCACCACUGGGGCGCAUCGGAGGGCGCUGCAGCAGAGCGGAUCCAGCAUAUGCGGCUGGGCGGCGCAAAUCGGCCUGGUGUGGUCGGACCCCUGCGACCCGGAGAGGGACCGCAGCAGCUCAACCACCAUCAUCAGCAGGGGCUUCCACCCUGAGUGCGCCUGCACCAACUGCGACUCCGAGGUCAGCAGCAGCAGCAGCAGCAGCAGCUUCGUUGAUACGCUGGUGGUGUACAGCGGCAGCGCAACCAGCGCUAGCGGCGGUCCAUUGGAGCUGAACCUGUGCGACCAGUGCGCCACCGACUGGUUCGCUGCGGGCGUGUGUCUGGCCAAGGACAUCAUCGCCCCCUGGAGCAAGCACUCGGCCGACAUCAUCGGCAUCAUCCGUCGUAUAUACGCCCUGGAGAAUCAGGCCUCCGUCUCCCGGCGGCGCUCACUGCUGGCUGACGGCGCGGCGCUGCAGGGCGACGCCGAGCUGCCCCGGGCCCUGCUGCCCGGACAGCAGCAUCAGCAGCACUCCGCCCUCCUGGCCACCCGGAGGUCACUGCAGUCCAGCAUUGGGGGAAGCAGCGGAUUGUCGGGUCCGUCUUCCAUCAUCGUGGACAUCAUUAAGGACAAUACUGUGGACCGCAUCCCCGACGUGGGCUGCUUGCUGGACUCGCUGCCGGACUGCCUGGGGCUAUUGGACUACCUCAAUGCCACGGUCGGCGAUGCACUGGCGACUCUGGAUGGCGCCAUGACCGGGCACCACAGGCGAAGCCUGCUGUCAGGCGGCCCCGCGUGGCCGUCCCCCACCGCCCCCACCCUGCAGCCACUGCAGCCCGCCCUCGUCAUCCCACUGGACGUCUCCCUCUCGCCGCCGCCCCCGAUCGCAGUUGAGGUGCAGCCCAGCAACGCCUCCGCCACCACCGACCGGCAGCGGCGGCUGCAGAGCUCCUCCGGUGGCUCGCUGUAUGUGCCGCCAGAGGACCGACAGAGCCACAUCAUGGAGAGCCCCGCAGGUCAGGACAUCCUCCGCUGGGCGGCUGCCAUCAUCAACCUGCAUGCGGCGGGCGCCGAGAUGUGGGGCCUGGAGCACUACAUGGAGUGGAUGAACCCGCAGUUCCCCGCCGACGUGGAGGCCCAGUGGCGCACCGCCUGGGAGGCCGCCACCUCGGACACCUCCCCCUCGGGCGCCCUGGUGGACUGGACGGCGGAGGCACCGCAGCUGCUCAGCGAGCAGUUCGCCCCGCUGGUCAACGUGACCGCCCGGCAGGCGCUCAUCGAGCGCUGGAAUGCCACCUUUUUGCAGCAGCCCGGCAGCUCGGCGCCGGCCAUCAACCUGGAGCGGGUGGACCGCGCGCAGCAGAGCUACCUGGCCGACACGUUGGCCGCGCUGGAGCAGGGAUACGCCAGUGUGUUUGAUGCCCUCGACCAGAGCAUCAGCACCCUCAUCGCGCCCUACGUGGCCGGUACCGCGGGUGGUGGCGCCACGUGCGCACGUGUGGUGGUGCAGCUGAGCCAGCAGCUGGUGCUGACGCGGCAGGCGUUCGAGGCCUCCCUGCAGCUGGACAACAGCGGCGGCGCCAGCAGCCUGAGCAACGUGACGGUGCAGCUGACGGCCUGGGUGAAGGACACCGGGGAGGCGGCCGGGAACGCAUUUGCGGUGGGGCUGCCGACUGUUGAGGGCAUGACCACCGACGCGAGCGGCCUGGUGCUCCCCGCUGGCGGUGUGAGCAGCAUGCGGUGGCUGCUGGUGCCGCGGGAGGCCGCAGCGCUGCAGGCGGACACAUGGUACUACGUCGGAGGCCAGGUCACUUACAUCCCGGGUCCCGGUCUGCCCGCCGAGGUGCUGCCGCUGGAGCCGGCUGACGUGCGUGUGUCGCCCGAGGGCCGGCUGGAGGUGCGCUACUACAUCGAGAAGGACGUGCAGGGCGACAACCCCUUCACCCCCGCCGUGGAGCCCAGUGUGCCCGCCGCACUGGUCACCCUGCUGCACAAUGUGGGCAGCGGGGUGGCGCGGGGGGUGGCCAUGCAGUCGCUGCAGCCCAAGAUUGUGGAGAACGACAAGGGCCUCAUGAUCAGCUUCAACAUCGUCAACGUCACCGUUAAUGGCCGGCCGGCACCAGCUGCUCUCCAGGCGUCAGUGGGCGACAUGCAGCCGGGCAGCACGUCCAUGGUGCAGUGGUGGAUCACCGCAUCGCUGCAGGGUACCUUCUCCGGCAUCAACGCCACCUUCAGCAGCCGCAACCCGCUCAACGACCCCACCCUCAGCACCGUCACCAACGUCACGCUGUACGACCUGCUGCACCUCGUGCACCUGGGCGGCGCCGCUGACGAUGGCCUGCCCGACAUGCUGGUGUCCGCCCAAUCGGGCUCCACCAUCCCCGCCGCCAUCCACAGCAGCCGCGACGGCGCUAUCCUGCCGGUCUCCGUGGUGCCCUCCGCCGCCCUCACCAACAUCUCCACCGGCGGCCCCAGCGGCGCCCUCACCCUCACCAUCCGGGUGGACGGAACGCAGCUGACGGCGCCGCCUGUGUCGGCUGGUGGCAGCACUGGCAGCGGGUGGCAGUACCUGCGGAUCAGCAGCCCUCCGGCCCUGCAGCCCAGCAGUGACUGGGUGCUGCGGACCGCCACGGCCACAUCAGCGGCCAGCGCCAUCGUGGGCACUGCUGACAGCAAUUCAAUCGUGGAUCUGAGCUUGCCGUACAACGCAUGGGCUUCCUAUCAGGUGUACGGCUCUCAGACAGCGGUGCAGGACUACGUCCACGUGCUGUACAAUGGGUACAGCCUGACACAAGAUACUGUGCUGACCCUCGCUUUUGAGCUUACCAGCAAGCCGCCACCGCCCGCAGCUCCCAGUCCCCCACCGUCUCCUGGCCCGGCCCCGCCUCAAGCGCCACCACCCAGCCCGCUGCCACCCCCACCAUCCAGCCCGCUACCGCCCCCGCCGUCCAGCCCGCUGCCGCCCCCACCCUCCUAUCCGCUGCCGCCACCACCCUCCAGCCCGCUGCCGCCCCCGCCAUCCAGCCCGCGGCCUCCUCCGCCGUCCAGCCCGCUGCCGCCACCACCCUCCUACCCACUGCCGCCCCCACCCUCCAGCCCGAUGCCGCCCCCACCC